AUGCAGUUCGAAUUCCCCGACAAGGACAUCAUGCUCAUGAGAGAUUGCAACAUCCAUGGACCCGAGGAAGGACCCGAGCCAGGAUCUCUAUGGACCUUGGUAUUUGAUGGAGCUUCUAAUGCUCAUGGUAAUGGAAUUAAGGAAGUCAUCACAUCCCCAACUGGUUUCCACAUCCCCUUUAUCGCAAGGUUGUGUUUUGAAUGUUCAAACAACAUGGCAGAAUACGAGGCUGGUAUCUUCGGUAUUGAAGCCGCAACUGAUCUCAGGAUCAAGAUCCUUGAAGUCUACGGAGAUUCAACCUUGGUUAUCAACCAAGUUAAAGGGGAUUUGGACAAUAGAUAUUACAAGCUCAUCCCUUACAAGGAGCAUGUCCUGAAACUAAUCCCAUACUUUGACAAAAUUACAUUCAAUCACAUUCCUCGAGAAGAGAAUCAAUUGUUCGAUGCCUUAGCAACCUUGGCAUCCAUGUUCAAGGUUAAAUGGAAGAUCGAAGCGCCACCCUUUCACCUUAACUACUUGGACGAGCCUGCUUGCUAUUUGGCAGCCGAAGACGAAGUCGAUGGUUAUCCUUGGUUCUAUGACAUCAUGAAACUCUUAGAGAGCCAAGAGUAG